CAAAAGCGCACGGCCCAGUGUAGACGUUUGAACAAAAAGUGAUUAGGUAUAAUACCUACCAACUAACAAAUAUUCUGAAAAGUGAACGGUGCAUUAAUAAAAUUUAAAACAUACCAUAAAAUGUGUGAAAGCAUGGAGAAAUACUUACUGUUUGCUGCUGUCGCUACAAUUAUAGCACAAACUCAAGCCCGAAAUACACCUGUAUUAAUAGAAAACCCAAAGUUAGGACCAACGUACAACGAAUUACUCUUUAUACUCCAAUCCAGACAUGGUGUGGCCGGGAUGCAACCAAAGCACUUAACGCCAUGCGCUAGAGCUAUAUUAGGGUGCUGCAACAACAAAGCGAUGAAUGAGACUUGUUCUGAAAAUCUCAAAUGUGGAGCCCACUUUUUCGACGACAACCCCUGUGAAGACAAAUUUAUUAUAGACGCUCUAGAAGCAGCGAAACUAUUUUACGAACAGUUUAACGCAGUCGCCUCAGCGUAACGAAUUUGAAAACGUUGAAUGAUCACUGAGACAGCGUUUAAGGAAAAAUAAUUAAAGUAAACCUAACGUAUUCAGUUGUGAAUACGAUUUUAACUUGGUAGAAAUAACCUUCGGUAAUAUAAGAAGCGUUCAAGAUCUAAGAGAGGCAAAAGUAACGGCAUGGUUGAAAUAAGUUGCAUCAUGGAAAAAUAGUUUAAAUAUAUUUCAUUAGGUUCCUUGGUACCAGUCAUCA